UAGGGCUGUUGGUCUGGAGGGGAGAGGAGGCAGGAGGGACUUCAGAGGAUGAACCAGGAUCGCCGGUUCUGUCCCUGUGAGGAGAUGAGCGGUGCUGCUGGAUAAGGUCGGCACCGACACCGAGCCUGGUGUGGAUCUGAGUCUCCUACGUGAGGCGGCUGGUCCCAUACAGCUGAACGAGAGAGUUUUUCUGUUAAGAAGACGUUUUACAGCUGAGUGAGGAUGACUUUGAUUAAAAGCGUUUCUGGAGUUUUAGAAAAUCUGCUGUUGAAGAGAGGCACUCUGAAAUGCUCCUGGCUGGUCUUAACACACACAUUUUAAUUCAGCAUUUCCCAGGUUUUUAGCCUCCCUCCACCUACUCCAUGUGGAUCAGGUGACUUUUUUCAGGUGAGCUGGAUGUUUUGUUGCAGGUGGAGGCAGCAACUGCUUAAACAUGUCAGGAACGUUGUUUGCUGGACUCCUUCUCUUCAUGUUGAAGGUAUGUAAUGGUGAGCCAACAUACGCUGGGCUACAAAGACUGGAGGACUCACGAGGACAAAACAACCAUGUCUAUCUAACACCACGAUGGGCUCUCCAGCUGGUCAAUGACUCACUGCCUUACUCCAGAGCUGACCGCUUCUGCAGAGGUCAGUUCAGCUCCCUCGUCUCCCUGGACCAGUCCGAGGACCAAAGAGGAGUGCAGGAGCUCCUUCAGCUGACUGUGGUCCGCACACCAGUCUGGGUCAGGGAUCCCAGUAAAGCAGACUCCAGGCCUGUGGCCUUCUCCAGACAAUAUUUGCAGUUCUCAGCUUUUAGUUUUCCAAAGGAGUCUCAUGAAGGAUUUGCCCACAUCAAUAUUUCCUUUCCUGCUCUGGAGGCGGUCAGUGUGUGUGUUCGGGUCCAAUGGGAACCAAAAUGGAAUGACGUGUCCACCAUUUUCUCCUACGCUGCUCCUGUUUUUACCAACGAGUUUCAGCUUCGAGGCCAAGUGAACAUGCAUGGUCGUGUCCUCCUGGCUCUUAUAAUUCAAGGAAAGCAUUUGCCUUACAAGGCAUCUUUCUGGAAUGACGGAGCAUGGCAUCACAUCUGUGUCACAUGGAGCCGGAGCAGCAACCUCUGGACAAUCUAUGUGGAUGGGGUCCAGAAAGACAUGGGCUCAGGUUCUGAAACUCGCAGAGACAUAUAUGGGGAUGGGAUUCUGAUUCUGGGCCAGGACCAAGACUCGUUUGGCGGGAACUUCACGGAACCCUUUUUUGGAAACAUCACUGACCUGAAUGUUUGGAGCUCAUGUUUGGAAACCAGACAUGUCCAUGCGCUAAAUUCCUGCUCUGCCAUAACUCCCAAAAAACUUUUCUCCUGGAACCUUGACCUGAUCAGCAGCCACCCCAUAGUCAAAGUUGUACAGGCCCUUCUGUUUUGCCCAGCAGCACACCAGCAGAUGGAGCUACAGGGCUGCCCUACUGUGCAGAGCCAGUCCAAUCUGCCUCCCCUGCUGGGCCUGGCUGACUGCUCUGACCUGCAGCCGUUCAUCUGCAAAAGCAGAAAAGAACGAUUUCAGAAGAUGAAGGAACUGAGUGAAUCUCAGAGCUCCCAGCCUUCUGCCUUCAUGAACCAGCUAAUAAAGCUCUCCAACAUGAGUCAGCCAGUGCUUGGCCAGCAGCCAUCAGGCAUAAACAACCUGACCCAGGCCAUGGUCCUGCUCAACAUCUCAGUCCAGGCCUUGGAGGAGACACAGGAGGAACUGCAGCCAGAAGACAUGGUGUCUCUCGUCCAGCUGCUGUCGCUGACCUCUGAUGUCCCCUCGGAGCCAUCUGUCCAUUCUGAAAACAGCAGCAAUGAGAAGAUCCAGGAGUUGAGUCAGCACUUUAUCAGUGUAGCUGACAGCAUCAUCAGUGAGGACAAUGCCCUCAAGUGGCAGGCUAUCAAAGAGGUGGUGAACGGCCCCAUGGAUGUUGUCAAGAGCAUUGACCAAAUGGUGACCCGUUUGAGCUCUCGUCUGACGGCAGAGACCGACCACCUGACCAUUCAGAGUCCCAACAUCAGAGUGGAGGUGCAGCACCAGAAGCUGGAGGAUGAAUCUAAAGGAUCGAGCUUCUGCGGCCCCGAGACAGAGAAACACGCCGGUCUGGACUGCAUCUCAGUCCCACACCAGAAGAUUCAGGAUCUCCAUAACAACGGCUUCUACAAGCUCACCUUGGUCAACACUUGGUACGGCUCUCUGAGACCUCUUCUCAGUCUGGAGGAGAACAUCACCUUGGAGCCCACGGUCACUGACGGUAGCCAGAGGUACCUGGGCACCGUCCUGGGCUCGUCUGUCAUCUCCAGCACGGUGCUGGGAGACAACCAGCCCGUCAGCACCGAGGUCCAGAUCCAGCUCCAGCACAGAGUCCAGUUCUCCAAGGAUACCAUGUAUGAUCCAGUGUGUGCCUUUUGGGAUUUUAAUCUCAGUCCAGAGGCUGGUGGGUGGUGGAACACCAAAGGCUGUGAGGUGGUGUCCAAACACCAGGCAUUCACGGUGUGCUACUGCAACCACACCACCAACUUCGCCUUGCUGCUGCAGGUUUAUGAAACUCAGAGGAGCCCGGAGAACGAAAAAGCUCUGCAGGUUCUGACGUUCAUUGGCUGUGGAGUGUCUCUGUGUGGCCUCCUCUUCACCUUCAUUCUCUUCGUUGCUGUGGGAGUUCCCAAGUCCGAUCGUACCACUGUUCAUAAGAACCUGAUUGGUGCUCUGGGCGUAGCUGAGCUGCUGCUGAUGUGCAGUGACUGGGCUGCUGAGAACCAGGCAGCAUGCUUCGUGGUGACUGCUCUACUUCAUCUCUUCUUCAUGGCUUCCUUCUCAUGGAUGCUGGUGGAGGGUCUUCUUCUUUGGAGCAAAGUGGUUUCUGUCAACAUCAGCGAGGACCGCAGGAUGAAGCUCUACUAUGUCAUUGGCUGGGGACUGCCUGUUCUGAUAGUCGCUGUAACGUUGGCUGUGUCAGCAGACAAGUACAAGGCAGACCACCACUGCUGGCUCAGCGUGAAGACCGACACCAUCUGGGCCUUUGUGGGACCUGUGAUAUUUGUCUUGGCGGUCAACGCGGUGGUGCUGUGCCGAGUUGUCAUGGUGACCGUCUCCAGUGCAAAUCGUCGUGCUAAGAUGCUCAGUCCAAGCUCAGCGUCAAAGAUGCAGACCUUUGACCUCACCUGGGCCGUGACCCGUCCAGUUCUCAUCCUGCUUCCUGUCCUGGGCCUGACCUGGCUGUGUGGAGUGCUGGUCCAUCUGUCUGUGGUCCUGGCCUAUGGCUUUAUUGUCCUCAACUCCUUCCAGGGCCUUUACAUCUUCUUAGUGUAUGCUGUUUACAACAGUGAGGUGAGGAAUGCCAUAAAGAGAAUCAAAGAGAAGAGGAAGGCUUUGUCUUUUACGAACUGCUCCCAGCCUACUAGCUUCUUACCCUCACAGCGGGCCCCCGUUACCUCCUGGAACUGCAGACAGCCAACUCCCUCUAGCCCAGAGACCAGUGAGACAUCUGGACCAACCAGUUCCACGUCCACCUCGUUAGUCAUCAAGAAUGAGAGUUUCCGAAAGGAAAGCUUUGUGAGUUUUUCUUUGAAGCAAGUAUCAAGAAACCAAGAGGUGCAGCUGACAGGCUUCAAGCCAUCAGGUUGUUGAGCUGCAAAAGGAGAGGAUCCUGUCUGUGUGUACACACAUCAUCAUCACGAUCAGUGUGAGUCUUCCAGACACACACUCUCACCAGAUGGAGAACACAAAGACGAGCCUGAAGGAUAACUGAAGAUCUCCCCCGUUCACUGUCAGAUCACUGCUCCCUCUGUGACUCAUAAGCACCGUGUGAAGCGAAGCAGAAACUUCUGGUCCCAGAGAGGAGUUCUGAUUCUGUAACAGCCGAGAACUCCUCUCAGAUUUUUCAGCUGAAAGACGAACUCUGAAAUCAAACUUGCAGCAGGAUAUGUGUGACCUGAACUAACAAAUGCCUGAAUCCUGGGUUGCUCUGGCAACAGGCAUCGACUGUAAAACCAAAAAAUGUCUUUGAUACUUUUUGAAUAGAAAAAUCUAUUGAAUUUAUUGAUUUUGGAUUUUUCUGUGAAGAAAAACUGCUCACUUGAAACGAGUGUCUUUGUGGACUGACACAAGUUCUCCAGGUGUUUGAGUCUAAAGCCUGGUUCACACAGCAGGAUUUCUAAUCUGCCAGAGUAUCUGGAAAGAAGAGGGACCCCUCAUGUGGUGAUGAAACAACUGGCCCAUAAUGGUUUUGGUCCUACUGCGUCACAGGCAAUAGCUACACAUGAACCAAGUUCACUCAUGAAAUCCCACAAAACCUCUGAAGAUUACUUGUGACUUUAGAGUAAACAAACAUGGUGGAGGGGGAGCAUGCUGCGUGCUUCCGUCACCCCACUUCCUGAUUGGUUACACAUGACAUUAACAUGUAGCAUGCUUGUUUGUCCUCGGAGCUCCCCACACAUCCAUCAAUACAGGGCUAAGAUGAUCCAUCAUGGGAGCAGUUCCAAUGUGCUUCCAAGCAGACCAGAUAGUCUUAACUCACCACACAUGGCAGGACUAUCUGAUAAGAUUAUCUUUAAAGCCAUUAGGGUUAUCGGGGGAGGAUCAAGUCAAAAGCUGUACGAUUAUCCUGCCAUGUGACCAGGCCCAUCCUGCAGCAGACAGCAGUCAGAGGCAUCUCAGUGUGGGGAAUCCUGAGAUUCUCAGUGGACUGAAGCCAACAGCUGCUAGAGGAGGAUUCACUCAUCAGCUCAUUUCAUUUAUUCAAAAUAUAAUUCCCACAGGACUGGAGGAGGUUGUUCAUCUGUGAAUGUUGCUGGUCAGCUGAUCACACCCGAAGUUUUCCGUCUGUAGAAUCUGUGAAGUUUCUUUUACUGAUUUGUGGAAAUUGGAUUCAUGGAACGCUGAGCUGGAUCUGGUCCACAUCAGCUCACUUUAGGUCGACACUAAGGUCUUUAUAGGAUGUGAGGAAGUGUUCAGGAUAGACGUUUGCACCGAGUGGUUGGAGUGCUUCCUGUUAAAAGGGAGUUUUCCUCUCCACCGUCGCUGCAUGUUUGCUUAGUAUGAGGAUUGCUGUAAAGACUCUGACACUGGUCAGUGACUCGAUGCAACCUGCUGGGUUCCUUAUAGGAAACUUUUUUCUGAUUGGCUUAAUGAACUGACCUGUACUGGAAUGUUUACUGUGUGAAGUGCCUUGAGAUGACUCUUGUUGUGAUUUGGCGCUAUAUAUACAUUAAAAAUAAAAAAAAAUACAUUAGCUGAUCCAGUCUCAUCUGGUAAAAAAGUCAAUUUAUGCCAGUAAUCCAGCUCAGACUGAGAAACCAUCAAAAGGCAGGAACCCUUUGCAGGUAUUCUAUGUUCAUCCGCUGACCAGAGUGUGACACUGAGUCUAGAUUAUUGAACCUUUUCACAAUAUUCUGAUUGUCUGAGAUCCUGAAUGUGGGGUUUUUCAUCAGCUGUAAGCCAUCACAGUUAUAACAGAUAAAGAUCUGGAUUAGCAUGGAAUGAGUCUGUCUCCUAGAUUAGUUUCUCCUUUUAAGUUGAAUUAGUGAUGUAAAUUACCUUUUGCACAAGAUUAAAACUUUUCCAGUUUCA